CGAAUUGGGAUGUGAUGAGAAGAAACCACCUCUGUCCCAGUGGGCCCGUUUGAUUACAGCUCCGCGAGGGGAAAGAAAAAUAAUAAGACGUUGAAUGUGACUGGGUUGGGCUUCUUCUCCUCUAUAAAUGUCCGAAGGCCAAACCAUUCCACACUUUAAGCUGUCUGAGGUUUCCGUCAUCUGAGUGUGACAUUUUUUAAAAACUGACCGUUGCCACCUGAUAUCCUGAAACUAUGGAUGCGGAGGAGUUGAUCGAGUCCAUCAUCAGAGCCCUCAUGUUUUUAGCGGGGAUCCUGGGGAACAACUGGCUGGCGAUACGUUCCCUGCCCGGGCACAAAUCCGGCAUCCGCACCAACGAGGUCCUCUUCAUCAACUUGGCCGUCUCCAACCUCAUCACCACCUGCCUGGUGGACCUUCCCGACACCAUUGCGGACUUCGCCGGCCACUGGUUCCUGGGGGAAACCUUCUGCGGCGUGUUCCGCUUCUGCGCCGACCUCUCGGAAACCAGCAGCAUCUACACGACCUUCUUCAUCAGCAUCUUCUGGCACCAGAAGCUGGUCGGCUCCCUGAAACGCGGAGGGGCACCGGUGCCGCUGGACAGCUUGUGUCUGGUGGGCUGUCUGCUGGCGGGGAGCUGGACGGUGGCCGUGGUCUUCAGCAUUCCACAUUUUUUCUUCGUCUCAGUCAAGGCGACAAACGAGAGCCAUGAAGACUGUAUGGAGGUGUUCCCCAAUGCACUGGCCAAGCAGACCUACGAGACCUUUUAUUUAACCCUGGCUAAUGCUCUCCCUGUCGCCGGCAUUGUAUUCGCCAGCGUCCAAAUUGCCAUCACUCUGCUUCAAAACCAGCAGCGCGUACGGGGUCAUAACUCUGACCCCACCAAGGAAACUGUUAAAGAUGAAAACAAGAGUGUUGAGAACAGAAAUGAUAGGCAACCAGUCGGCACUGAUUCUGUUCCAGGCACGUCAGAAGACCUCAAAUAUUCUGCAUCAGUAAAUAACAUUUAUAACGGCAUACCUGCUUCUUCCAGUCCAAACAACGGAGGACCGUCUGGUCACGGUUCCCGCGACUCUCCCAGUGACAGGGAAGCAAACGCCGACACCAGAGUUGGAGCUCAUCCGAAUCUUUCCAGGCCCAGCCAGCCAGCUAAGGCCAGACCGAGCUCGGGCACUCAGGUGAGGGCAGCGAAGAGCGUGGUGGCCGUUGCCAGCGUGUUCCUCGUCUGCUGGCUGACUCAUCUGCUCCUGCGCAUCACCAACAGCAUCCACACCUCCUCAAUAGUGGUGGAGGUGGCCAGCUACAUCGCAGCCUCCUACACCUGCAUCAUCCCCUACAUAUUCCUGCACGGUGUGAAAAAGCUUUCUUGCACAUGUAAAAAGGUAAAUGUGUAAAUCAGGUUCAUACUGAUCUAAUAUUAAAUGUUCUCUCAAAACUUAUACGGCUCACCUCUAAUAUCCAUUCAGAGAAAACGACACGCUUCUAUUCUCAGGGCUGUCUGAUGAUUUAAGGCUGACUAACCAUCAGAAAACAUUGUUGUCCU